AUGACAUCAGUAAAUACGUUGUUCAUCACAACGCCGGUGAUAAGAACUGAUAGUGGUCUGUAUCUCUCCAGUGAACCCGUUACGGCUACAACCGUCAACAAAUUGGCCUCCGCCAUAUCUGAACCUUCUUAUACCGAUUACUAUCAGAAAGAGGUGGCCAAUUUGGAGAAAAUGAUCAAGCCCUUAGACAAAUUCGAAAUCGUGACUGGUUUAGUAGGGGAUAUAGCACGUACAGUAGAAUUGAUCGCUCCGGCAGGUGCAGUUCUGGGGAUGAUCUCGAAAUUCUUCGGAUAUGUGAAAUCUAUUAAGACUAUCAAGUUGGAAGCUUUGGGAUUGGUAAGAUCAUCUGUCGAGACAACCAUUUCCAUUCAGGACUGUCUUGUCACCAUCGAAUUCAAAGUACCUUUGGCAAUGGUAAAAUCUAUCAACAAGUUUUACAAGAUCUCCGAAGAAUGUACCACCACGAUGAGCGGUUUAGUCGAGAGAACCAGCCUUUUCAAAGAAAUACUUCACCGCAAUAAGUAUAGAGACAUGGUGAAAUAUAUGCAAGCCAAAUUAGGGGAUGCCAAAUCUGACUUUAUCCAAUGUGGCAUUCUCAUCAACUGUUCAUACAGUUACAAGCAAUCGUCGAUCUUCAACGAUAACAAUUUAGGUGUGACCGCGCAAUCAGAUGACUUCAUCUUGACGAACGCUCUUGUGAAUGCUCUGCAGCUCAACAAUGACAAUUUGAGUGACUAUCUAGGCAUCAACCAGUUGACGAUACAAGAGAUGAUCUCCCUUCGGGCAAUCCUUCAAGCUCGACGCACUUCCGCAGGGACAAGCUCAUUGACAACUCGCCCGACAAGUCCUGCCGAUCAACGUUCAACUGCCAGCCCUCGCACGGGUUCAACCCAACAAUCUGCAACUCAUCAAAUUUAUAUGGUGUUGGGAAUCAGGUACGAUAAAGCUGAUUCGCCUGGUCUCAACGGUAACGUCACCGAGGACGGUGCUGAAGAAAACAGCAGCCCUCCUAGAGGAUAUGCCAAGUAUGCGGAAGGGCCAGCGAGCCACGGCUAUAAGUGGAAUGGAAAAGGCAGUGCAAUUUACAUCUUUCCGUGUUUGCAUAUCCUCUCGCAAAGAAUUUCCACAGAUUCCACAGAAUUGGAAACGACGUCCAGAGAGGGGGGAAUCGAUGAGAUCGGGUUGAUCAAAGAACGCCUUCUGGGCUCACACGCUGAGAAAAGAUCAACAUCUGAAGUCUGGAAAGGGUCAUACCUGGGUAAAGCAGUUCGUAUCAAGAGAUUAGACUGGCUUGAUCAUGUUCCCGGAGCCACUACAGAAACCUUGUCGUCCGUCCGGCAAGUCUAUUUGAAGCAAAUACAACUUUUGAAGACCAUGACAUCAAGCCCUUUCAUAAUGCGCUUCGUCGGAGCUAUAGGUCCCACGGAAGGUUCCAGUCAAUGGAGCAUUGUUAGCGAGUAUAUGCCACAUGGUGAUGUUCUCGCCUACCUCGGUUCCGAAGCUGGCCGACAGGCAGAUCGUGUAGUCCUGGCCUAUCAAGUAGCUCAAGGCUUGGAGCAUUUACAUAACCAGCAAAUCAUUCAUGCCAACCUUACCCCCUCAACGCUUACAACCCAAAAGAACGCGCCUUUCAUAGCACCUGAAGUGGUAGCAGGUGGGUCUGCUACUGAAUUAAGCGACGUUUUCGCUUUCGGGAAGACUGCUUUCCAGAUCUUGACAGGAGUGGCUCCCUCCAAGCCCCAUGUCUGGCCGCAGAGGGGUCCUUACAGAUAUAAUCGAUCCUGGGCGUCUCACAACACCGUCACUAUAUACGAGUUUCUCAGUCGAUGUUUCGCCGAAAAGCCUCAACAUCGUUUUGCCAUUAGACAAAUCUUGGGUAUCAUGGAGAAGAUCGGAAUGACCCGCAUGAGUGAUACCAAGGACUUCACUCCGUACAGCAUGAAGAUCCGUCUGAAAUGGUGGGAAACAACUGUAGCUGUGCACGGCGCGAAGACUCUUCCUGGUCUCUCAGACGCUCAACGACAUGCACUGUCUAGCAAGAUAGACACUUUAAAAUCUGAAUUCAAAGAUCCAAACAAUCAAGAGCUCGACUCCAAUUAUUCGAACGCAGAGCCUUCUUAUGUCAAUCAUGGAUUGUUCAAGAGAAUGCCCGAAGUCUUAUUGACGAGUUUGCCUGCCUUUCGGGCAAAUUGUUACACAUCGUACUUUCUGGUUGACGAUACCGUCGAGUUGUAUACUCUUUUACAAUACGUGGGAAACCAAAUGUCUACUGACUCUCCCGCGGACUGGCUGCUUGCUUACGAAGUUGCCUCAAGACGACUAGUGGACAACAUCGAGAUUCUGAGGACAGUCUCAGCCUGCGAUACUUAUGUACAGCUCAUAUUCUGGGAAAUUCUUCAUGAAGUCAUGUGGGCUUCGCGCAUUCUUACCUGCCAGCGUCUUGUGGAGCUUCGAAAUCGCACAGGUGGUGGUUUUCAGAGCUCCAACGACCAGUCCAGGAAGUUCUGGGACUCUUUAUGCACUUUGACAGCAGAUAGGAAAUUGUGCGACUCGAUACUUGUGGCACAACUGCUUCGACGAGGUAAAGACGCUGGAUCGUGUGAGCUACUUCUUGGGGGACGCUUUCCAAAAGAUAACCUCCAUCUUCUCGGUUGUGUGCUGAGCUGUGAAGAGUUCAAGUCGGAAGACCCGAAACCUACCGGAUUCCAAGGUCGACUGGAGGAUUAUCCCAAAUGGUCUUCUCCCAUUCUUACGAUGCUAGGUGAUUUGGACGCUAGAGCAUCGCAUGGUGAAAGAUUGGUUCUGUCUGAAUCGACAGCGAUGGAAAGAGAAGAACCGUUACUACCUAAGCAAGAAAGAGAGAUCCUCGCACUUGUACGAGGAGACGAUUUCAUGACUUAUCACGAGAGUUUACAGGAUGCUUGGGACCUUUGUUCAGCACAUAUCAUUGAGUAUGAAUCUGGAUUUGGGGGAUCCCAAUUUCCCAGCCUCGAUAAACAAGCUCUUGAAUCGACGACCAUACUCAAUGAGGAUGACCAAGAAGCUACGGGAUUACCGAGUAAUAUCCCAGACAAGGCUCCAGCCAAGAUCCCGAUAGAUCCAGGCUUUAGGUUCCGCACAACGAAGGAUCAGUCUCUCGAAUCCCGUCGGCCUCAAGGUCUCUCUCCUGGGGAAACAGCUCUGGAUGAGGACCUAUGCGAGACCGACGAGGCAAAGCAGAAGGCAAAGGCUAUUCAAGAGAUGUGGGGGACUUUAUGGCAAGAACAAGAACCGUCUACUCGACCUGAAACAUCAUCCACAGCACCAACGGCAUGGCAAUCAGCAGUACCAAUGGCAUCGCGCAUCGCCGCUUCCCCCGACGAUACGAAGGAUGAUGCACAGUCUGGCGUACCACUUUUUUGGUAUACUCCGUCUGCGCGGUGGGUUAAUUAG